GUCGAGUAAAACUCAGGACGAGAAUUUCAGAGAGUGUGUCCAAGAUCGAAAGUUGAUAAUUGACGGAGAAAGCCAAAGCAUCAGUUCAAAAUCGGUUUGCAUCCGGGAAUAACGCUGUAGUAAUCCCCAUUGCACAAAGGAAGGCAGUGAGUGUCGAGCAAAGUUUGGAACAUUGUACGAGGAACACUCACUCGUGCGACCCACCAAUAAUGCCCCAUCGUGCCAAUAGCAACCUUCAAGACUAGUUUUGGAACGGCAAAUGUAAUGUAUCAACGUCCUCCAAGGGCAAGGUUUUCGUCAAAAGGCGCUCAAAACUUCCAAACAUGAGGCAAUUUCGAGCCAGCAACGGCCAAAUGGCAUUGCGUUCAUUUCUAGCCCUAAUUGUCUCUCAGUCCUUAUUGUUGGGGCUGGUCCAUGCCCAAGACAUGGGGGACAUGGGGGACGAUGGAGGUGGUGGAGGCGGUGAGGACAUGAGUGAUGUGCUUGACCCGUCAAUGUUGGGCAUCGAUGGGUCCGAGGGAGAUCUGAAUGAAUUGCUUCUGCAAGGGCGUGCCGGUGGUGGGAUGCAGACUCUGGCCACACUGAAAGUACAGUCCUUACUAGCCCUUCAAGAGUUGGGUGUGGUCAUAGGGGUGGCCUUUAUGAUGGGCACGAUCUUCUUGUUAAUGGUGUUCCUCGAAAAGAUGAUUGUGAGUGUGGGCACGAGAUUUCACAAGCGCUUUGGCAAGCCUGAAAUGGACCCCGAAGACGAUCCGGCAGCCCUGGUGGGCACGUUCAAGCGCUACAAGAACUAACCAUCAACAAGGAUUGUUGUGCUCUCUUACAGGUGAACUGGAGUUCGAAAAAAAGUGCUUUCUAUUUUUAUAGACAAUCCGCUUCUGUGAAGCUCGUUUUUGAAUAAUUCUAAUAUUGAUAAUAGCAAUAAAGUUUUGAAUACGUCGGUGCA